AUGUCGUUCGAUCAGCCAAUUGGCGCCCCCUUCACAUUGGCGUCGCUGUCCAAGCCUAUCAGUUCUACCAACGGACGCGUGCAUGCUGCUGGAGUGUGCAGUGCCAGCGGCGCAAAGAAGAGGAAGCGCACCGAGAUUGCAGUCGGCAUCGAUGGAGAGGGUGUAUCCAUUUACAGUCUUCAAAACCCCCAACUGGUAACUUCGUAUGCGCUGCCGCCGAGCGCUACUUUCACAACCGCACCGUACUCCAUCUAUCGCAAAGGCCCUCCCAAGACACCGACGCACCGCUUCACGUAUGUUUCCCUGGUCGGCUCUUCGCCUGCCGAAAAGCCGCAGCUUGUAUGUUUCCACGAGAAGACUUCAGGCGACCAGACCGAGACCACCAAAACUUCGUACACGCCCUCUGGCCCGGCGCAUAUUGUAACCUUGGAGUCUCUCCCCGUCGCGCCUGGUGGUUCAGCAAAGGAGAACACACACGAUGUUAUUGUGACGUUUGACACUGGGGAUGUCGCAUGUCUUUCUGAUGACUUGGGAGUCGUCAGAUGGGUCGCAAACUUGAAAUCCUUGAUUGCGCCUGGAAGGACUGACGUUGAGAUCGAACACACUACGCUGGCCAGUGCCAGGUCAGUCACCCGGGGGCUAUUGCGAAAUCGACAAGACAUUGCUUCAACCCUGGACCCAACACCAGACGCUUCAUCGGACCUUCUGGAUCUUGUCCAGGUCCUUUGCGCAGUCGGUCGAGAUUCGGGUGGCGCAAGGAUGUUGACGCUCCUUCAAGUUCAGCCAAGAUCCGCUGAUCUUCCUACAGCUCAGCUCACACCACUGAAGCAACUGUUGUCAUGGGAUCUCCCCAGCCCAGUUAAAUCGUCGAGUGGAAAAGCCUCUCCUACACAAAUCGCCCUACAUCCUUCCAGUGGCGCUCUUCACAUUCUUACCAAGGGGCAAAUGCUCUCCUACGAUCUGUCAGGCACUGUUCCAAAGCUCUACUCAGAAUUCGUUCUUCCGGGGUCUAGCGUCGACUCCUUCCUGCGAACCUCCCAGGACGUUGUUUUCGUCACUUCGCAAAACAUAUGCCAGGUGUUUGAUGUCAAGUACAAUUCCUUACAGGGUUUGUACUCCUUCAGUUCUGACGUGUCCACGGAAUCUACCAGCCCAUCGAAGAAGAGAAAGCACGCACAAUCAGACACACAUGAACACAAAACCGCACCUUGCAGUUUGGUGGCCUAUUACGCUGACAUUGGGCUGGUAGUAGCUGCUCGGGAAGCUGAGAUAUUCGGUAUGCAAUUUGGAGGGGCGGCUCCCCGAAAGAGGGUUAAAACUGAAGGCACCCUUCUCAUUGAUGCUCUCGGAAAGGGCGUUGCCUCUGAAGCCAAGGUUUUUGAGGGCCAAAAAUGGCAGGAGCGGAAGGGAAAACUGAACAAGUAUGCUGAAAAAGGAAAGAUUGCAAAGUUCGAGGAACACUUUGCUUCAGAACUGAACAUCGAGCUUGAGUCUGCUGAUGUGGCGCAAAAACACGAGAACGAGAUCAAUGGCGGUCCCUUGACGAAUGGGGGCGGACCAAGUCUUCCAGACGAGGACGCCAUGGUUGUCAACGAGCUUGACGAUGAGCCCGCCAAGGAUGAUCUACCGCGGUGGAAAAUACCCACAACCAUCCCUGGAAACCAGCGGCAACUGUACCGUCAGUAUGCAUUGUACGCAUUAAGUAAGAUCUUCUAUCUGCCCGACGCCAGCGAACAGGAGGAGUCUCAAGGACACUUGAAAGUCGGCUUUUUUCCACCGAACGUGUUCCAAUGGCUUCUACAGACUGGUCAGCUCACCAAAGAGUCUAUUCGCCGAGCUCUGCUUGACGAAAGCCACAGUCAAAUCCAGUCCGUAUCGGAGAUUGUAGAUGGAGACAUUGUCAAGGCUCUCGUCGACUAUGAUUCAGAUCUACACAUCCUAUCGGCAGUGCUCAACCACAGCCAAUUCCUUCCGAUUGGUGAAGUCGUCCAAGCAAUCAAGCUCCUAAUCCAGAGCAUAGAUGAUGUACCAAGAGAAGAGGAGGAAAUGAAGCUACUAACCAAUGGUACCGCGCCGUCGGAAGAUGAGAUGGAUCUCGACUUUGCCACUGAGCUCGAAGCAGCCUCGCACGAAAUUGACCACGCCUUAUCAGUGCUCGACCACGGCCUUCUGACUCGAAGCCACACAUUGCGACCUGCUCUCAUCCGGUUGCAUACCUUCUCAGCUCCUAUGAUCAGUAGCACGCUUCGUUCAGUGUUGCCGCGAAGAGAUCUUGAGUCGCUCAUCCGCCUUUUGCAUCUUGAGCUGAAGAACGGUGGAUGGUCGUCACCACUUGGCUUUGUUGAUCCUGAAUCUUCUGGUAUCGAGAGUGAAGGAGAGGAUCCAGACGACCACGCUGUCUCUAUUAUUGCGUCUCUGCUCUCGAGUACUCUCGACGCAAUUGGCGCAGGAGCCUGGCUCGCUUCUGUUAGCACACUCUCCGCCUCUGAAAGUGGCGAGGACAUGCUCAAAUCCUUAAACAGAGACGCAUCCAUCGCACUUAGUGGCUUCUUCGAAGCUCACUUCAUACGAGGUCUGCUCUCUGAGUUCUUACGCUACGCAUCUACGGUACCAGCUCCAAAGAAGCCUUCUAAUAAGCAAUUGGAACUGCAAGGCAAACCGUUUAGUGUUACGGGUAAGCUGAACGGAGAGGAGGACUUGCCUAUGUUGCCUCUGGGUGCGAAGGCGGAACAAGGAGUAGAAAAGAUGAAGAACGGGAAAGGCGGAAAGAAGGAGCAGCGGAGCAAGCGUGAAAUGGGUAUGCUGAUCAGUAAGAGGGUACCGAAGUACAGCUUCGAGCGCAUUGUCGUAUAA